AGGGUUCAAUAGUAGAAAGUUCCAAAAUCCCGCCAAAUCUCGAGGUUCAUCAAUGGCGUCCUCGCUCGCGCUCCUCUUCUUCAUCACAGUCUUAUCCCCUCUCUGCCAUGCACUACCGCGCGAAGCCGUAUUUGACGCCGCCGAUGUACUCUUGGAUUCAGGAUUCGUGUCUAUGGCCCUAACACUAGAAGUCGUUGCCGAAAGGCUUCUAGAGCAGUCUCCUUCUGCCACCGUCUUCGCUCCCUCCGAUUCCGCGUUCAAGAAAUCUGGCCAGCCGUCCCUUGACCUCCUCCGCUUCCACCUCGCGCCGCUCCCGCUCACCCCGUCCAGUCUCCNCCUCCUAAGCGCCGGCGCAAGGAUCCCGACAAUGCUUCCCGGCCAGUCUCUCACCGUCACAACCUCUCCAUCCGAUCGCGCAAGCUCCAUUAACAACAUAAAACUCACGCCAUCGCCAAUCUACGACGAUGGUUUUCUUUUAGUCUACGGCAUUAACAGGUUCUUUGAUCCUAACUUUCAAUUUAACGGUCAAGAUCCUAGUUCUGGUUCGAACUCCUCCUGUUCUGCCAAGAACCGCAGCGCUGGUGCUUCCGAUUCCUUUGACGGAGCCAUCCAAACCCUAAAAAGUGGUGGAUACUCCGCUGUGGCUUCGUUUCUUGGAAUGCAGCUGUCCGGUGUCGCGGAGCAAAGCGGAAUCACUGUGUUCGCUCCGGCGGACGAUUCGGUGAUGAACCGCAUAGGCGAUUUCAACCAGUAUCCUUCGUUCUUUCGCCGGCACGUCGUACCUUGCCGGUUUCUGUGGAACGAUCUCGUGAAUUUCGGCGACGGAUUUCUGUUGCCGACGUUCUUGGAUGGAUUCAACAUCAACAUCACCAGAUCUGACGGCGGCGUUUUGAUUCUUAACGGAGUUCCGGUGUUCUUUCCUGAUAUAUUCUUUAACGACAGGGUCGUGGUUCACGGUGUUAGCGAUAUUCUGGUGGCACAAGGCAAUGCCUUUCAAGAAAAGGAGAAAAACCUGUUUGACCCUUUUGAAUUUUGAGGAUGUGUAAAAUUUCGCGACCGUCACUUUUAGCGUAGUGGUUGUUAUUGCAAAGACUACUACUUUUUUGUUUUGCAUGUGUGAUGAAGAAAUUCACUUAGAUAUGUCGUCAUCAUCAUGCUUUCAUUUCUUCUAUUUGACU